AUGCCAUCUGUCUUGUUGCAAAAUUUCCACUCGGAAAACAUCUCUAUCGUUAUCUCCACUUUCCGGACUGGCGGCGAAAUUCCGGUACUGGAUGAGCACUAUUUGGAUGGUGUUGCCGCGAUACAGAUAUCUCUCAUUGAGUGUACCCAAGAGAACAGGGAACCAGCCACAAAUUUCUUCUCGAGGAGAAUCGAUAACAAUACCUAUCGAGUACGCAAUGGCCGCCUUCCCGACAUAACUGAGCAAGUCUGUAUCCACCAGAGAAGUCUCCUUCCCCAAGUGCUGUUUACCAAGCUAGAAGGCGCGCCGUACGCUCUCGACCAUGGCGACCUAGCACCGCAAAAUAUAAUAGUUGGCUUAGAAUACAACAUCACUGGUGCAUAUGCCGGACUCACAAUCAGCCGCGAGUACAACGAUCUCAUUAUACGAUUCAAUCAAUACAGUGGUAUAGCGACGAUUGGGAACAACCUACCUGCAAUCGUCCCAUACGUGGUUGAAUGCGUUAAUUACGAAGCACAACGCUGGGAUGAAUUCAAGCCAAAUGACGAUGGGCAUAUCCUCAAUUCUCAACUUGAAGAUAUUGAUGCAGAAAUGGGCGCAAUCAAGGGCAAAGUCAACACAAUGGUGGUAAUUGCGGCGGAUCCGAGUCGGACAGAAACGCAGAAGAGCAGAGCCCUCCGUGAAAGCUGUGCCAGCAUCAAUCAGGUUUUUAUGCAGAUGAAUUAUCAUAUCGUACUGCUCAAAUGGGACUGUGUAAGCUACGUCUCCGGUCGUGCUCUCUAUGGAUAA